AAGAAAACCCAAAUAUGUGUAGAGCUAAUUAGUAAACCAAAAAGAAAAAGUAUCGAUUGAAUUCAAUAAUGGCUGAAAUAGCAUCUUCUUCCUCCCCCAAAUCUAUAAUAGAAUUACCCGUAACAGCAUCAACAACUAAUCCCGUAAUCACCACCAUGACUUCUCCUCCUCCUAAUAACAACAACAACAAUACAAUUGACAUUCCUCAAAUUCCGUUAGCCCAAUCUCAGUCUCACCAACAACAGCAACAGAAUAAUUCUAGUACUAGUAACAACAACUUAAUGUCUAUGCAGAGAUCACCUUCAAUGUCCAGGUUGACUCAGUUUCAAAUGCAACAACAACAACAACAACAAUUAGGUUUGAUGAGACAACAAUCAGGGGGAGGGCUUUAUGGUCAAAUGAAUUUUGGAGGUACUUCGCUCCAGCAACAACAACAACAACAGCAGAAUCAACAAUUAACUGGACAGAAUCAACAACAACAGCAAAUAGGUGGUGGCCAGAUGAGUAGUGGAAAUUUAAAUAGGGCAGCUUUAUUGGGACAGACUGGCCAUUUGCCCAUGUUAUCUGGACAAGCUGCUCAGUACAAUUUGCAUUCUCAAUUUUUGAAUUCGCCACGGCAGAAGGCAGGUCUAAUGCAGGGGAAUCAGUUCCAUACAGGGAAUUCCCAUGGCCAGUCCUUACAAGCAAUGGGAAUGAUAGGAUCUCUCAACAUGAGCCCUCAGUUAAGGGCAAACGGGGCCCUGGCAUAUGCACAACAACAAAGGAUGAAUCAAAAUCAGUUGAGGCAGCAGUUGUCCCAGCAAAAUCCUCUCACGUCUACUCAGAAAAUGUCGGCUCAGAGCCUUUCAAGGACGUCAUUUAUUAACUCUCAGUUACCUGGGUUGACUCAGAAUGGACAAUCUGCAAUAAUGCAGAACAAUUCAUCACAGCAGCAGUGGUUGAAGCAAAUGCCUGCAAUUUCUACUCCUAAUUCCCCCUCCUAUCGUCUUCAACAGCAGAGACCGCAACAAAUGCUUAUGCAGCAGCAAUUAGCUUCACCCCAACAGUUGCACCAAAAUUCAAUGGGUUUGAACCCACAACAACUAUCCCAAAUUGCACAACAGCAGCAACAGAUUGGGCACCCUCAGAUGCAGCAACAGCAACAGCAACAACAGCAGCAGCAGCAACAACAACAGCCACAACAGCUUUUGCAUCAGCAGCAGUCUUCUCCAAGGAUGGCUGCCCCAGCUGGCCAAAAAUCUCUUAGUUUAACUGGAUCACAACCAGAUGUUACUGGAUCCGGAACAACUACUCCAGGGGGAAGUUCAAGUCAGGGGACUGAAGCAAGCAAUCAGCUUCUUGGAAAGAGAAAGAUACAGGAUUUGGUUUCACAGGUGGAUUCACAGGGAAAGCUUGAUCCUGAAGUUGAAGAUCUUCUUCUAGAGAUUGCUGAUGACUUCAUUGAUUCGGUUACUACAUUUGCUUGCAAUUUGGCGAAACAUCGGAAAUCUUCAACUUUGGAGUCCAAGGACGUACUGUUACAUCUAGAGAAAAACUGGCAUUUGACUAUUCCAGGCUUUUCGAGUGAGGAGAGGAAACACUAUCCAGAAAAUUCAGCAAGUGAUCUCCAUAAAAAGCGUUUGGAUGUGAUACGUACCCUGGUUGAGGCCUCACAAACAGAAACAACAAGUACAAAUAGUAGUGCUAAGGAGACCGUCAGACCAGGAGUGGGUGACUCAAAUCACAUGAUCAGACCCCCAAGUUCAGACAAAUUGGUUUCACAAUCUAAUGCUUCUCAAAUGCUGCAUGAGAUGACAAGGUUUUGAUGUCCGUGGAGUUCUUGGUGUAUCUCCCGUGUUAACUGUACAGAUCUUGAUGAUCAAGAAUGAGGGGAGGCAUAGGUUAUAUAGGUGUAGCUUAAUGGAAGUUUUUAUGAGACUUUUAAGGCAUGUGAAGAAAAAUUGUAGAAUGAACCACCAAUAGUUGAUUGGUCUUGAAGGCCUGUAAUUAUGCAGUUCAGUUAACAGUAGCUAAUUCAAGUCUGUGAGGUUUCUCCACCAUGCUCCUCUGGAUGACAUGUUUACUAAUCCUGUAUAUUAGUGUGUUUACCACCUCUUCUCUGUAAUAUACCAAAGAAUGAGGUUAAAUCUUUGUUUUCCCUUUUUAUCAUAGUUUAAACACUGUAUCAAACAGGUUUAUGAUGUUACAAAUCACAAACGUUUUUUUUUCAA